GAAAAUCACUUAAGGAAUAGAAUUCCCAGUUACAACUUGAAAAUAUUUCAACAAUACCACACUGUUCCUCGCCUUAAUAUAAGCGGAGAAAAGGGCUUUGAUGUAUUAUUUUAAUCCUUCAUCCAUCCAGUAAAUUUAGCAAUUAAAAAAAAUCAUUUUAACUUUGCCUGAGAUGAGGAAAAUCAGGCUGCUGGAUCUUUGAGUAAAUUUCGAGAACCCUGGUAAUGACAGCACUCUGUGGAUUGGCUCUAGGAAUACAUCUCUGACGCUAGACCUGUAAAUCUUCGAGCAUCCUUGAUGUCAAGCUGCAAUGCCAUUCACCUUCUUCCAGGAGGUGUUUCAGUUUUAUCCCAUCACAGACAUUGUCCAUCCAUUUCAGGUCGUAUCUGAGUGCCUACUAUGCAUGAAAUAUUCCCCCGAACCCUGUAUGUCACAAUCUAGUGUGGUGGUUCUUAACUUUCAGUGUGUAUUAGGAUCACGGGCCGGGAGGAGGGGGCAGUUCUUGUUAAAAUGCAUAUUGCUGGGCCUCAUCCCCGAGUUUGGGGCCAGCAACCUGCAUUUUUAACAAAUUCCAUAGCUGCUUCCGCUGCAGGUGGAUUUCAGUCCACACUUUGGGAAAGGCUGUUUCGUGUCACUUCCCCCUCCUGCUCUCUACGUGUUGGUGUCUCCCACAGUGCUGUCUUUUCCCACUACGUAUUGAUAAUCUGUCACAUCAUCCCAACAGCUUCCCAACUGACUCCCCCCAAUCCAUCAUGUACACUACUCCCAAAGGGAACUAUUGCAAAUACAAACCUGACCACAUCAGUCUCCUGCUUAAAAAUGCUUCCAUGACUCCCUAUUGUCCUUAGAAUAAAGUCCAAACUCUUUAACAUGAUCCUCAAAGCACCGGACUCUGCCUGCCUUUUCAGCCUUUACCUCUGCCUCUGACCACUUCAUACUCCUACCUCUCCUAAUUUGAACAAAACUAACUUCAGGUGUAGGCUUCUCAGAUAAAAUAGAAGUUGCCCAACUAUAUUAGAAUUUCAGAUCAACAAAGACUAAUUUCUUUGUGUAAGUAUGUCCCAAGUAAUCAUUGUAUAUCUGAAAUUCAAAUUUAACUGGGAGUUCUAUAUUUUUAUCUGCUAAAUCUGGCAGCCCUACUCAGAUGUCAGCUCUUCCAGGAAGCCUUCCUUGACCUCCUCCAAACUCUUUUCUCCCUCUUGUGCUUACCCAGUACUCGGGGCUUAUAACACUUUGUGGUUCUGUGAUUGUCUGUCUAGGUGUCUGCCUCUUCUACCAACCUUUGAGUGCUUAACUGUAUUUUCAUUUCCAGGAGCCUCUAGUACAAUGCUUAGCAUACAAUAGGCACUCAACAUAUAUUUACUGAAUCAAUGGUGUUAAUGCUGCAUGUGUGUAUUUGCUUUUGAUACAGAAAGCUUCUUAUUUUCAAAUGCAAGUAGGAGUGAAGGCAAGUAGAUAUGUUUUCUUCAUGUAGAUUUUAAGAUACACAGAGGCCUCAGUCCCUACUACUUCUAGUUCCCUUUAUGAAUCCUUGAGCCAACUGAUAUUCACCUGCCUCUAUAGCUGGACCCUUCUCUCAGCCAGGAAUGCAGAAUCCCAAGUAGCAAGUGGUAUAUUUUUCUAAAUGGAACACUUCUUAAGAGAGGACACAGUAGGCCCCAAACGAGGCACAUCUUUACAAAAAGAAACUCAAAGAAAGAGAAGGGAGGAAGAGGGGCAGGAGAACUUUCCCAACUGUUAUCCACAUAGAGGCACAAUUCAAAAAUAGCAACAGCUCACAAAUGUGAAAAAUUGAAAUUUAAAUGAAAAGUCUGUGAGAGGGAGUGCUGGGGAGAGGAGGGAAGAGGAGAGGGGAGUGUGUGUGUGUGUGUGUGUGUGUGUGUGUGUGUGUGUGUGUGAGAGAGAGAGAGAGAGAGAGAGAGAGAGAGAGAGAGAGAGAGAAGCCCUGUAACUGUUGUGAUGGACAUUUAAAUAAAACUUAUGGAGAUAUUGUGUUUUAAGAUCCUAAGGAGGUUGUUUUCAAAUUUAUGGUGAAAUUUUUCCCAGUGGACCCUGGACAUCUGCGAGAAGAGCUUACAAGGUAUCUUUUUACUCUUCAAAUAAAGAAGGAUUUGGCUCUGGGAAGGCUUCCAUGCAGUGACAACUGUACAGCGUUGAUGAUAUCUCACAUCUUACAAUCAGAACUGGGAGACUUUCAUGAAGAAACAGAUAGGAAAUAUUUGGCACAAACCCGGUACUUACCGAACCAAGACGAUUUAGAGAGCAAGAUCGUGCACUUCCAUCAGAAGCACAUUGGCAGGAGCCCAGCUGAAGCUGACAUUCUGCUACUGGACAUAGCGAGGAAGCUGGAUAUGUACGGCAUCAGGCCGCACCCUGCCAGUGAUGGUGAAGGGAUGCAGAUCCAACUGGCUGUUGCUCACAUGGGCGUACUGGUGUUACGGGGAAAUACAAAGAUAAAUACUUUCAACUGGGCUAAAAUCCGCAAGUUGAGUUUUAAGAGAAAACAUUUUCUCAUCAAACUUCAUGCCAACAUCUUGGUGUUGUGCAAGGAUACCUUGGAGUUCACCAUGGCCAGCCGAGAUGCCUGCAAGGCUUUCUGGAAGACUUGUGUGGAGUACCAUGCUUUCUUCAGACUUUCUGAAGAGCCCAAAUCAAAGCCUAAAACCCUACUCUGCAGCAAGGGUUCCAGUUUCCGCUACAGCGGAAGAACCCAAAGGCAACUUUUGGAAUAUGGGAAAAAGGGGAGGUUGAAGAGCUUGCCAUUUGAAAGGAAACAUUACCCAUCUCAGUACCAUGAACGACAGUGCAGGUCCUCACCAGACCUCCUCUAUGAUGUGUCAAAACAAGUGGAAGAUUUGAGACUAGCCUAUGGCAGUGGGUACUACCGAAAUGUGAAUGGAGUGCACGCCUCUGAGCCUGUGCUGGACAGCAGGAGGAGAAACUCUGCAGUGGAGGUGACCUUUGCAGCCGAGCUGGAGCAUUCCAAACCAGAGGCAGAGCCCACAUCAUUACAUCAGUCCCAGAGCAGUUCCUCGUUCCCUUUUAUUUAUGCAGACCCUGUCUUUACCACCGACCCCGAUCCUGACUACUUUGAGGAAAGGAGUCCUCUAAGCUCCUUCCAAACAAGCUGUAAGUUUGCUGACAAUCACACGAGCACAUCUUCUGCCCUUAUAAGCAAAGUGAGUCCAGCAAGGCAGCUAACUUACACAGAUGUGCCCUAUAUUCCUUGUACUGGUCAGCAGGUUAUUAUGCUUCCCCAAGUCUUCUUUUAUGUGGACAGACCACCCCAGGUGCAGUCUCCAAUCAUGGCAGAGGAAAGGGAAAGGCCAGACAGCUGUCUACAGCCUACCGCAAUGAAGCCAGCCAAAAGAAGCCCAAGGAACCUCAGAAUGAAGAGCUUUCAGCAAGACUUUCAAGAACUCCAUGAAGCUAUGGCCCAAACUACUGGCAGGGGCAACCUCAAUGUAGAUCUAGAAGAGGAAGAUCCAAAUUUAGAAGAUGCAUUUGCAUAUAACAUUCAAGAGCCAACCCCUAAACGGUCCCAGAGCCAAUCAGACAUGAAAACUAUCCGUUUUCCUUUUGGAUCAGAAUUUAGACCUUUAGGGCCUUGUCCUGCUCUGAGUCGUAAAGCUGACCUGUUUACAUAUGUGUUUGCAGGGCAGGAGUUUCCAACAGUUUUAGUGGAUCAGGGAGCAACAGAAGGGUAUGUAGCUAGUGAAUCCAGUGAUUCUGAAUCAGAGAUUCUUAAACCAGACUACUACUCUUUGUAUGACAAAGGAAUAAGUUCACCCACGGCCAGAAUCCGCUUGUCUUCUGGUAGCCUACAGCUAGAUGAAGAAGAUGAAGAUGUCUCUUUCAAUACAUCAAGUGCUGAAGAUACGACUUUGUGAAAACCACGUAAUUACUUUUUAGCUUAA